AUGAACCGGUCAAUUGAGCAGACGCUGCUCUCUCUGCUCCCCACCCACAACUCGGCCCUCCCACAACCGCUCACGGACCUGGCCUCCUCCCUCCUCGCCCAGUCACGGAACCGGGCCAGCACGCUCAAGGCAGAGGAAGAAGUCGCCCGGCUCUAUGCCUGCGCGCACCUGGCAUGCGACAGGCUCAAGGUCGCCCUCGACCUGCCCCCAAUCGAGCCGCGGCCGCCCAUUCCUCCGCGCAUCUACAAGCGCCUCUACAACCACCUCGACAAGAUCCUUCCCGCCUCUGCCUCCACCCCGGGCCGCCACACCCCAAGCGGCACCCCCCUCGGCAGCGGUCGCAUCCGAACGCCUAGCGCCAAGAUCCGCGAACAGCAGCAGCAGCAGCAACAACAACAAUUACUCCUCAACGGCUCCCCCCUAGCCAGCAAGUCGCGGACGACCCCCAGCAAGGAGCGAUCCCUCUCCGACCUCCGCGCCCGGGCCGGCGCCGCCGCCACCCCUUCCAAGGACCGCACCCUCUCGUCCGCGGGCGGCGGGGGCGGGGGGCCUCCAAAACAACGCCGGGACGACGCCCUCCCCCCGUGGAUACGCCCCGCCCUCCGGUACCUCCUGACCAAGCUCGGACCGGCGCAUAUCGGACCCGUCGUCGCGUCCGGGCUGGAGUCGGUCGUCGCCCCGCGCGGCCGGCUCACCGACGACGGCUGGGUGCGCGCCCACCUGGUGGCCGUCCUCGGCGCGCUCUACCUCUUCGUCUGGCGCGGCGUGGUCUGGCCGGCCGGGCGGGAGGUCGAGCGGGAGCGGGGGUGGGAAGGGUGGGAAGAACCCUCGGUGAGGGAGUUCGAUGCUGCGGCCGUGAGGGGCGCGAGGCACGGGUGGUUCGAUAUGGACUGGGUCGACGGGGUGAGAGACCUGGCGGACAGGGAGGAAGAUAAGAGGCGGAGGGCGGAAGGAGGCGACGAUGGCGGGGAGGGAGAGGGAGAAGAGGUGGUGGUGACGCAGAUCCGGAGGCCGGAUACCAUGUUUCAAGAGCGUUACGACUAUCUCUCGGAGAGGAAGAGGAAGGCGUAUGCAGAAUGGAAAGAGGGGUUGUUGAAAAGGAUCAAGGAGUUGGAGGCGCGGUAG